AUGCAUAAAACUUAUUCUUUAAGAAAUGCUAGACAGCCAACAGCUGCUCAAUUACAAUCACCACCUCCUCCUCCAUCCACAACAAAAUCUCGUUUUUUCGGUAGAGCAGGUCUUGCUGCUUCAUUCCGUAAAAGUGCAGCAGGUUCAUUUGGUCCAGAGUUAGCAAGAAAAUUAUCACAAUUAGUUAAAACUGAAAAAAAUGUCUUAUGUUCAAUGGAAAUUGUUACUAAUGAACGUCGUGCCGCUGCAAGACAACUAUCUCUUUGGGGUUCAGAUAACGAUGACGAUGUUUCUGAUGUUACAGAUAAAUUAGGUGUCUUAUUGUUUGAAUUAGGUGAAUUACAAGAUCAAUUUAUUGAUAAAUACGAUCAAUAUCGUGUUACAAUGAAAUCUAUUCGUAAUAUUGAAGCUUCAGUACAACCAUCAAGAGAUCGUAAAGAUAAAAUUACAGAUGAAAUUGCUCAUUUAAAAUAUAAGGAUCCUGUCUCUACAAAGAUUCCUGUAUUGGAACAAGAAUUAGUUAGAGCUGAAGCUGAAUCCUUAGUUGCAGAAGCUCAAUUAUCUAAUAUUACUAGAGAAAAAUUAAAAGCUGCUUAUAAUUAUCAAUUUGAUUCUAUGAGAGAAAUGGCUGAAAAAUUUGCUUUAGUCGCAGGUUAUGGUAAAGCUCUAUUAGAAUUAUUAGAUGAUGCUCCAGUCACCCCAGGUGAAAUUAGACCAACUUAUGAUGGUUAUGAUGCAUCAAGACAAAUCAUUAUGGAUGCAGAAGCAGCUUUAGAGGCAUGGACUUUAGAUUUUGCUGUUGUCAAACCAACUUUAUCCUUCCAUCAAACUAUUGAUGACGUUUAUCAAACUAUGCCUGAAGAUGAAAUUGAAGAUGAUUUAGUAGAAGACGCUGAAGUCAUUGAAGAUGUCUUGGAGGAUGAAGAACAUCCAGAGGAAGAACAAUAUUGA